ACGUCACCUCUCCGGUAGAGGACGCGCAGAGUUGGACUCCCCUGUCUUCCCCGCGGCAGACAUAUUGUGUGAGACAUUCCCAUAGACAGUGAGGAUGUGUGGUCUCCGGAAACAUGAAGGAACCGAGGACAGAGUCAUAUCGGGAUCUAUCACAUGUUUAUGAUCCGGUUAUAGUUUAUAUUCUCCCGGUACCGGUUGUGGUUUCUUCCGAUCUGUUUCCUAGACAAUGGUCGCCCUUGUUGGUUGGCAGCGGGUUAUCGCCAGACUGGUGAAGAAGAGAUUCCUAUCCAGCCACCCCCAUAGAGCGUUGCCUGCCGUGCCACCACCAGGAGUACGAGGAUUAUCAGCAUCUAAUUCCUCUCCGAGCUUCGGCCUGUUGUUUGAUAUAGAUGGGGUGUUGGUCCGGGGCAGAAAUCCCAUUCCCGGUGCGGCUGAAGCCUUUCGGACGUUGCUGGAUGGCAGCGGGAAGCUGGCGGUGCCGGUCGUGUUCGUGACCAACGCGGGUAAUUGUCUGCGCCAGGAGAGAGCGACAGAACUGAGCAGAGCGCUGGGCAUCGAGAUCUCCGCUAACCAGGUCAUCCUGUCGCACAGUCCGCUGCGAUUGUUCAAGCAGUUCCACGAUAAGUGCGUCCUGGUGUCCGGUCAGGGGCCGGUGGAAGACAUCGCCAAGGACCUGGGCUUUAGGAACGCCGUGACCAUCGAGGCUGUGAGGGAGGCGUACCCCCUGCUGGACAUGGUGGAUGUGAGCCGCAGGCCGCGGGGCGCUAUCAGUGUCAGCUCGAAGCUUCCAGCCAUAGAAGCCAUUGUUUUGUUGGGGGAACCGGUACGCUGGGAGACGAGCCUGCAGCUGAUCCUGGACAUGCUGCUGAGCGCGGGGCGGCCGGCGGAGUGGAGGGGUCACCCCCCCGAUCCACACAUCCCAAUAUUAGCCUGUAAUAUGGAUCUGCUCUGGAUGGCCGAAGCCAAGAUGCCCAGGUUCGGUCACGGCGCGUUUCUCCUUUGCUUGGAAAACUUAUACCACAAGAUCACGGGGCAAGAAUUGCAGUACGAGGCGCUGAUCGGCAAACCUAGCCCGGUGACCUAUAACUUUGCCGAACACCUGAUCCUGAGCCAGGCGAGGGAGCGCGGCUGGAGGAGCCCUAUCCAGACGCUCUACGCCAUUGGGGACAACCCCAUGGUGGACAUAUAUGGCGCCAAUCUCUAUAACCGCCAUCUGCAUAGGCAAAAAGAAGAAGCUCCGGAAACGCGGCCGCACAGUUGUCAGUCCGUCCUGGUGUGCACCGGGGUGUACAGUGAUCCGGGCGGGGUGCCCAGCAACACACAAGAGAGAAAGACGCACACUGUGUUCCACGGACACCGGGACUUUAUGUUCGACCCUAAUAUGGUGGUGGCAUCUCACGUGGUGCAGGAUGUGGGAGAAGCUCUGGAGCUGAUUCUGAAUAAGGAAGGAUGGAAGUGCUCACGUGACGCUCAGCCCUAGUAACCAUAGUGACGCUGCGGGGGGUCCCCAUAUCAGGGAUUUUAUUGUAGAUUUUACUGUGCCUUUAACCGGAUCACUACAAAUCUGACCGUCUUAGAGGAAGAUACAUGGACAUCACUGUGCCUGAUCCCACUUAAAGAAGCACUCUGGAAUUAUUAUUUGCUUAUAUAGUGCAGCAUAGGCGAUUAUUAGAGAAUAAUGUAGAGUAUCUUGAGCUUACCUGUUUUAGCUGAUGUGGCAUGCAUGGGAGUUUUCAACCAGAAUAGUUCUAUUCCAUCACUGAAAUGAUUUGCUAAUGCUGCCUACAUUUCCCAUGAAUCUGUUGUCUUUGCCGGGGGGGGG